AUGCGCUUCAUGGUCCAAUGGGCGUCGUCCUCUGCUGCCACGUCACCCGACCCGCGGUCGUUAUUCCAUUCGUCCGUCCCCGAGCACAGCACCACGUCGGACCGCGGGAAUCUUUCCUUUUCCUCGCGCACGCCGCUCGUUCCCACGCUGCGUAGGAACCGUUCUUCUAACGCGUCCUCGUCGCCGCCGCUCGUUACAGGCACACCCGGCGCUUCCGCCAGCGGCGCAGCCACCGCGGUGCCUGCGGUGGGGAAAUCCGCUUCCGCCAACGCCCGCUCCGCGACUGCCAUUGCCGCACCGCUCCUUUCCUCCUCGCAUUCCUUCUCCUCGCGCGGAGAUGAUGAGCGGUUGCCCGCGCGAACCCGCGCCGAGCCUUCAGCCGCCGCGGUGGCAGCUGCCCCCUGCCCGCAUGCCGCCCCUGGCUGGGGGAUGCCCUGCUCCGCGUGCCUGCGGCGCGCGCUGGAAGGAGGCGGAGCCGUUCCGCGCUCGUCCUCCGCGGAGGGUCGCGUGCAGCAGCGCUCUGGGGGAGGGGAAGAGGCGGGGAACGGGGCGCGGGCGCCGGAAGGCAAGGCAGGAGGGCGGAGAGGAGAGGGAGAGGGGGAAAGCGAGUGUGCGGGGGGGAGGAAAGGAUCGGAAAAGGGAGGCGACGGGGGGGCACGGAAUGGAGACCGAGGGGAACCUAUGGACCAAUCAGUGAAAGGCGCCGCAAACAGUGGAAGCCGAUUGGCUGGGGAACUGGAGCUGGCGACCCCGUCGAAUCUGCGGCCAAUCAAAACGGGCGUUAGUGCGAAUGCUGCUGCAAGCCUGGCAUCUCCCCCAUCCCCACCAUCCCCCCCAUGUGUCCCCUCCCCCCCAGCACAAGCAAUGGGGUUGGGAGGCAGCCUCUUAGGUUCGGCCAAGUCGUUUGCCCGGGCGUUUAGCUUCGGUGCCAAGGCCGGCCCAGUAACAGGUGCGGGUGGUAGGGUGGGAAUGCCUCGGCCGCGGAUUGGGCCAUCCAUGUCAGCUUCGGAGCUGAUCUCGUCCGUCCCUUCCUCCACGUCAGCAGCACUACAGGAAAAGACGGGUACAAGGCAAGAACCGCAGAGAGGCUCAUCUGGGGUGCUUCAAACGGCGUGGGUGGAGAGCAGGGCGAUGGGCGGCCGCGGGGGCACUCGAAUGGGCAUGGGGGGGAGGACUGGGGGGGGCGAGGGAAUGGGCGGGGCCAUGAGCGAGGGAAUGGGCAGGGUGGGGGUUGGGGAAGGCAAGCUGGGGAAGGGGGAAGGGGAGAGUGGGGGGAUGGGGGAGAGCCUGAUGGGGGACGCGCGAGCAGUGGGGGGCGGGGAGGAUGGGGGGAGAGAAGAAGGGGAGGAGGGGAGUGGGAAGAGGGGGAGUGGGGAAGAGGGCGGUGGGGACGAGAGGGGUGGGGGGAAGGACCAUGGGGGGAAGGGGGAGCAUGGGGAGGGGAAGGGGCCGCGGGAAGAGAAGGAUCAGGGGGUUGGUGGGGAGGAGCAGCAGAGGGAAAAUGGGAUGGCGGGAGGUGGGGGGGGAGGGGGGCAGACAGGGGAAGAGGAGGAUGGGGAGGAGGAGGACGAGGGAGAGAGAGGGAAUGGGAAGGAGGGAGGCGAGGCAUGGGCAUGGGGGCAGACAGAGGCACGGGCAUGGGCAUGGGCAUGGGCAUGGGGGGAGGGAUGGGAGGGGCGGGUGGCUUGUCGGAGUGGCAACAGCAGCGGCCCUUCUCCGGGUGGCCUGGUGGGCCUGGGGGGUACCCGCCCUUCCAUGCCUACUCCAACCGCAAGCCGUGCUUGCAGCGUUGCACUCUCUGGAUUCUCUCCAUCCUCGCCAUCACGGCGGCCGUGGCUCUCUUUGCCUGGUGCAUCCACGAGCGCUCGCGGGCUGAUGCCCUACAGCCCAGGCGUAGCCCAUGGCACCCGGCAAGGGGGGGCGCAGGGGGCGCAUGGACAGGGGGCGCAUGGGCAGGGGGCGCAUGGGCAGGGGGAGGAGGUGGCAGCAGCGCCGUUCAGCAAGCGGCUGGCGUACCGAGUGGAUGUGCUCUUCUCCACGCACUCCUAUGUCAAGAGCCUCGCGCUGCUCACCGCCACUCUCGUGCUCAUCGCGGUGGGCGGGCUGGCGCUGUACGCAGUGAGUGGCGAGGAGCGUCUGGUGCUGGCGGACGCCACGUGGCGGGCGUGGACGUACGUGGCAGACGCUGGUAACCACGCGGACAGCGAGGGCGUGGGGCCGCGCGUGGUGGCGGUGGCUGUGAGCAUCGGCGGCAUGCUGGUGUUUGCGCUGAUGGUGGGGCUGGUGUCGGAGGGCAUCUCGGAGAAGGUGGACUCGCUGCGCAAGGGCAAGAGCGACGUCAUCGAACGCAAUCACACACUCAUCCUCGGCUGGAGCGACAAGCUCGCGUCGCUGCUGAAGCAGCUGGCGGUGGCGAAUGAGAGCAUGGGGGGCGGGGUGGUGGUGGUGAUGGCGGAGCGCGACAAGGAGGAGAUGGAGAGUGAAAUCGCCAAGAUGGAGUUUGCCUUCCGAGGCACCUCCGUCAUCUGCAGGUCUGGUUCCCCCCUGGUGCUAGCAGACCUAAAGAAGGUGUCAGUGAGCACGGCGCGCUCGCUCAUCGUGCUGGCAGAGGCGGAGAACGCCGAUGCAGCGGAUGCGCGCGCGUUGAGGGUGGUGCUGUCGCUCACUGGCGUGCGCGAGGGGCUGCGAGGCCACAUUGUCGUCGAGCUCUCUGACCUCGAUAACGAGGCGCUGGUGAAGAUGGUGGGCGGGCAGCAGGUGGAAACAGUGGUAGCGCACGACGUGAUCGGGCGGCUGAUGAUCCAGUGUGCGCGGCAGCCAGGGCUGGCGCAGAUAUGGGAGGCGCUGCUGGGGUUUGACAACUGCGAGUUCUACGUCAAGCACUGGCCGCAGCUGGCCGGCAAGCCCUUCAGCCACGUCCUCAUCUCCUUCCCCGAUGCCGUGCCCUGCGGUGUGCGGAUUGCUGGGGAUGGAGGGAGGAUCUGGCUCAACCCGGAUGACGACUACGUGCUGCAUCCCGACGAUGCAGUGUUGGUGGUGGCGGAGGAUGAUGACUCGUAUGCGCCCGGCCCGCUGCCCCACGUGCGCCAUGCCAUGCUGCCCGACGUCGUUGUGCCGCCCAAGCUGCCCGAAAAGAUUCUCUUCUGCGGAUGGCGGCGCGACAUUGACGACAUGAUUGUGGUGCUGGAGGCCUUCCUAGCGCGGGGGUCGGAGCUGUGGAUAUUCUGUGAGGUGCCGGUGGAGGAGAGGGAGGAGCGGCUGAUGGAGGGCGGGCUCAACCCGGGCGAUCUGGAGAACGUGGCGCUCGUGCACCGCGUCGGCAACGCUGUCAUCCGCCGCCACCUCGAGAGCCUCCCCCUCGAGACCUUUGACUCGAUCCUGAUUUUAGCGGACGAGGGCGUGGAGGACUCGGUGAUCAACUCGGACUCGCGCUCGCUCGCCACGCUGCUGCUCAUCCGCGACAUCCAGUCCAAGCGCAUGCCCUACGAGGUCUGCUUCUCCGGCGCCCCUGCCCGCAGGUCCCCCCGCGCCACACGCAUCGUGCCUGCCGCUGCCGCCGCCGCUGCCGCCGCCACCGCUGCGUUCGCUGCUGGCGGCUUGGGAGCAGCGGCGACGGGGGCAGGCGCAGGGGCAGGGGCGGGAUCAGGGGCGGAUGGAGCGAGUGGUUCGAGUGGCGGCGGUGGAAUGGGGGGCGCAAACGGGAAUGGGGGGUCGUGGAUUCGGCAGAUGCAGAAGGCGUCGCAGCAGUCGAUUGUCAUCUCGGAGAUUCUCGACUCGCGCACGCGCUCCCUGGUGGCCGUGUCUAAGAUCAGCGACUAUGUGCUCUCCAAUGAGCUCGUCUCCAUGGCCCUCGCCAUGGUGUCGGAGGACCGGGAGAUCAACCGGGUGCUGGAAGAGCUCUUCUCAGAAGAGGGCAACGAGAUGUACAUUCGGCCAGCCGAGCUGUAUUUAUACGAGGGGGAGGAGCUGAGCUUCUUCGAGGUGAUGGUGCGCGCGCGGCAGCGCCUGGAGAUUGUGAUUGGGUACCGCCUGGGCGGCGAGGAGGUGGCGGUGCUGAACCCGCCCAACAAGAGCGCCGCGCGGCAGUGGUCGCUCAGUGACGCCUUCAUCGUGCUCUCCCUCGAGGAGUGA